AUGACAGAAUCUGGAAGCUCCUUUGCUAUAUUCCCAAACUUUCACUUCAACCUUCACGACAUCACCCCUCUUGGCAAGCUUUGUGGCGAACGACCAGCCGCUCGGGCAGAGUGGCCCACCCAAAAAUUCUCAGUGCUUGUUGCCGUUAUUGAAGUGUUUGGUCUUGAUAUUGUGAAAGUGAAAAAAGGGGCCGCGAGCGGCACCGAAGUCGCUGUAAUCUCCUUCGUCAUUGGUGAUCACACAGGCGCCAUCGUAAAGCUCACUGCAUGGCGGGAGACUGCUGAGCACUUCGACGGCUCUGAUGAAGACAAUCCGCAGAUAAAAAAGGGGGACGUCGUGUGCUUUAAAGACGUUGUCCUAGCCCCCGGCCCGAGCGUAUCACUUAAUGCGUCCCCAAAUCACCAAUCCACGCACGAAAUUUGCUAUAGAUCAUUGCCCAUUGUUCCCGCUGAUCGUAGAUUUACCCCAGACCUAAAACUCGGGCGAAGUGACGCCGUUGUUAGACAUGUAGCGCAAAUUGUCGAAUGGGUGAUCAUGAUGGCUGGUUUGCCGCUUCCAUAG